GUGUGUGUGUUAUAUUGGCAGUGGGGUAAGUGGAGGCUGGGCGGCUCCGACUGCCUGACGCCAGUGAGACCAGAUCAAUCCAGGCACAGAGGCAGAGCGAGUGCAGGGCUGCCUGGCGGCUGGAGCCGCAACAGCAGCAGCCGGAGAGGAAGGAGCGAGCGGCCGCGGCGUUCGGUGUCUCCUUUGCCCGCUUCGCCGCCCAGCAGCCGGCGCUGGACUUCAGUUUGAAACACAAAGAUCACUUCUGUCAAGCUGGAAUGUUAGUUUCAGUUUCUCGAGACUUCAGAAUCGGAAAGCCAAAGGGAACAGUAUAAAUCCAGGCAAACCUUUGGUGCCCAUUUAUAUACAAGAUCUGCUGAGGCCAUUUUUCAGGGAGCAAUCUUUUCUGUUGUUUCUUCGGUAUCCAGUGUGACUGAGUUGAUCACCAUGAAUGUGACAAGCUUAUUCUCCUUCACAAGCCCAGCAGUUAAGAGGCUGCUGGGAUGGAAGCAAGGGGAUGAAGAAGAAAAAUGGGCAGAGAAAGCUGUUGAUGCAUUAGUUAAAAAACUAAAGAAGAAAAAAGGUGCUAUGGAGGAACUGGAAAAAGCAUUAAGCUGUCCAGGUCAGCCCAGCAACUGUGUUACAAUUCCCCGUUCCCUGGAUGGCAGGCUUCAAGUUUCGCACCGGAAAGGGCUACCACAUGUGAUUUACUGUAGAGUGUGGCGCUGGCCAGACCUCCAGAGCCAUCAUGAACUGAAACCACUGGAAUGCUGUGAGUUUCCCUUCGGUUCAAAACAGAAGGAGGUUUGCAUCAAUCCCUACCACUACAAACGGGUGGAGAGUCCUGUUCUUCCUCCAGUGCUGGUUCCAAGACACAGUGAAUACAACCCUCAGCACAGUCUCUUGGCUCAAUUCCGCAACUUGGGACAAAAUGAGCCUCACAUGCCACACAAUGCCACUUUCCCGGACUCUUUCCAGCAACCCAACAGUCAUCCAUUCCCCCAUUCCCCCAAUAGUAGUUAUCCCAACUCCCCUGGAAGCAGCAAUAGCACCUAUCCACACUCUCCUGCUAGCUCGGAUCCAGGAAGUCCUUUCCAGAUGCCAGCUGAUACUCCCCCUCCUGCUUACCUGCCUCCGGAAGAUCAGAUGACACAGGAUGGCUCACAGCCAAUGGACACCAACAUGAUGGCACCCUCAAUUCCCCCAGAAAUAAACAGAGGAGAUGUUCAGGCAGUUGCUUAUGAAGAGCCAAAACACUGGUGUUCUAUUGUCUACUAUGAGCUGAACAAUCGUGUUGGGGAGGCAUUUCAUGCCUCCUCCACCAGCGUGUUGGUAGAUGGUUUUACUGAUCCUUCAAACAACAAGAACAGAUUUUGCCUUGGGCUGCUCUCUAACGUUAAUCGGAAUUCCACCAUUGAGAACACCAGGCGGCAUAUUGGCAAAGGAGUUCACCUCUAUUAUGUUGGGGGAGAAGUGUAUGCUGAAUGCCUUAGUGACAGCAGUAUUUUUGUUCAAAGUCGAAACUGCAACUAUCACCAUGGGUUCCAUCCAACCACAGUUUGUAAAAUUCCCAGUGGCUGCAGUUUGAAAAUUUUCAACAACCAAGAGUUUGCUCAGCUUCUGGCUCAAUCAGUGAACCAUGGCUUUGAAACAGUGUAUGAGCUUACUAAGAUGUGCACUAUCCGUAUGAGUUUUGUAAAGGGUUGGGGAGCCGAAUAUCAUCGCCAAGAUGUAACAAGCACUCCGUGCUGGAUUGAGAUACACCUGCAUGGCCCCCUUCAGUGGCUGGAUAAAGUUCUUACUCAGAUGGGCUCACCUCAUAAUCCUAUUUCCUCUGUGUCUUAAAGGGUCCCAAGCUUCUGCAGUUUGGAAACUAUUGAGCCUUGCAUGUACUUGAAGGAUGUAUGAGUCAGACACAUGUAUGAACUGGCAGCAGCUAAAUAAGAGCCUUGAUAAUACUUGACCUCUGUGACCAACUUUUGGAUUCAGGGAAAAAGCACGCAAAAAAAAAAGCCUUUAACACACUGUUGGUGUCAAGAAUUUCAGUUUACAUUGUACCAGUCUCUUGUAAAAUUGAUACAUGCAAAUUGUUUA